UGAUGUUAAAUUCGUCACAGCGGCCGAGCGCGGUGGCAUUUUUAUGGUCGCGCGCACGGGCGCAUCCACUGUAAAAUCAAAACAACGCGGACGGUCCGCUCUGUGACGCAAGCGCGACUCAAUCGCUCAUUGGCCAGGAGAAAGUCAGAAAGGACAUCGGACCAAAGAUUGUAUACAAACACCGCUCCUGUCCUCCGAUCAGAUUGGAAACAAACAUGAUGAGCGGAUCAGAUGAAAGGUUAGCCGAAGAAGUCCGAAAAUACCGGAAUUUAUAUGAUUACUCGCAUCGGGAUUAUAAAGAUUCCAAGAUGGCUGCACACUCGUGGCAAGAAAUAGGUAGGACUCUGUGCUUGGAAGAGCAAUUCUGCCGAAGCAAGUGGAAAAACCUACGGGAUAGAUAUGUUAAAGCAAAAAGGAAAGUAAAACCAAGGAGUGGAGAUCCCGGUAGAGAAAACGAGAAACCUAUUUUUCAAUGUCUUUCAUGGCUAUCUGAGUUUGUUAAACAUCGGGAAGGAGAGCCGAAGUUUUCGCAUUCACUGGAAUCUCAAGAAGAGCAUGAUGGCCUGAUGGUUUCAGUUUCCGCACACCAUUUGAGCAAAAGCCCUGUCAUGUGUAGUGAAGAGCAACCCAUGUCAUCUACCCACGUCACAUCGCCAUUGCCAAGCCAGCCCAUGUUGUCAGAUAAGGUGAAGCAGGUAUUUCUAACUGCUAGUGGACAGCAAUCUGAAACCACCUCCAUUUCAAGUACAUCUGCCUUCAUUCCUGUACCAUCUUUCACAAACAUUACACCUCAAGAGACGGGUUCCCCCCUGCAUGACAUUGGACAGGCCGGACAACAGAAGCGGAAACUCGAUGCACCAGAUGACCCGAUGGUUAAACGCCUUGAAGAACUUGCAGGCGAAAAAGGAACUCUUAACACACAGCCAGAUGAGGACAGUCAUUUCUUCUUUGCUAUAGCGGAUUUAGCAAAAAGAUUACCACCACACCAGAGAAAUCUGGCCAAACUCAAGGUUCACCAGAUGAUUUUUGAAAUGGUGGAGGAGUAUGAGGACAGCCGCUUCUUUUUUGCCAUGGCAGAUUUAGCAAAAAAAUUACCACCACGCCGCAGAAAUUUAGCAAAACUCAAGAUGCAUCAGAUGCUUUUUGAAAUGGUGGAGGAGUAUGAGGACGGACAAGAGAGGGUGGCCACACCCAAGCCAGAAACCUGAUGCCGUGUUCUCCGAUUUGUUCAUUUUAAGAAUUUUUAUUGUUGUGUAUUUGUAAAAUACGUGAACAGUCUUGCUUGUGCAGAAUAAAACAGAAGUCUCAAUCAAUCAGUCAAUCAAUCAAUCAAUCAAUUUACUGAUGACAGACAAAGACACAGGGUACAUGUCACUUGCACAUUCCCCCGUAAAGCAUGAGUCAAAUGGUAUGGUCAAAUAACCACAAACACAGCUGACAGCAGUUGCAGGGCAUGUGACUUGCAGACAUUGCGUGUAAAGUAUAUUCACACAAACACUCUUACAUGUCAUCUGAUUAACGUUGGUAAUAUUGUGCGCACGCUUAUAUGAACACAUGGUAUAUUCUCAGUGUAUCAAAAUGAAGUUAGGGGGAAAAAAUGAAACGUGUAACUAACACCAUAUACCUGUCUUAUUGUACUGUAAAUACAUAAUGCAGAGUAACAUACAGUAGACUGCUCAUUUUUAAUAUAACAUGCAUACCACAAUUAAAUGUGACUUGCAAACCAUGAUAGAAUGGGAAGUCAUGCCAACUGCCUUGCUGUCUUCAUGCAAAUGGUUCAUUUUAUCAUCCAACAGAGAAUGAAACAGAGAGUGGCAAGUGGAAAUUGUUCCUGUUACAUAUACAUAAAGAUUGAAUAUUGACUAGAAUUUGAAUUGAUUGUUGUUCACUAUGUGGAUUAAUAAAAGACUGAUGUUACUUA